AAAAAAAUAAAAAUGGUUCACACUUCAGAUGGCUUACUAUCAUUUAUCCGUUGCGUAUAUAUAGAAGGACCAAGAAAGGGAUUAAGGCGUGAGGGGUGAGAGAGAAAAACAAAAGACCGUGCGACUCUCUCGCCGGAAAACGAAACGGAGGGGAUUUUCCGGCGAGCGUAAUCGGAUGAACGGUCAUUGGCUCAGAGGGAACACCAAGAGAAUGCGUCGGCGAUUGGUGAAGUUCGAGGAGUUGCCGGCGUUCCUGAAAGACAACGAAUUCAUCUUAGACCAUUACCGAUCGGAAUGGUCGGUGAAGGAGGCAUUGUGCAGCGUCUUCAUGUGGCACAACGAAACAUUAAACAUUUGGACGCAUUUGGUUGGGUUCUUAGUUUUUGCGGCGAUGACGGUGCUCGGAGGUUGUCUCUCGAAUAUGUUCAGGGAACCGGCAAUGGAGUUGCUCACAAUGGGGAAGGAAAUCAACGGCUCUCGCCCUGCCAUCACGGGAUUCCUGGAUUUGCAUUUGAGACACAUUUUGGUACCGUCCAUCAUUCAUGAGCUGAGAGAUGAUGGUGCAGAAACAAUUCCUAUAUGGCCAUGGUUCGUUUUCUUAGCUGGAGGAAUGGGCUGCUUGGCUUUCAGUACUCUUUCCCAUCUUCUGGCCUGCCACUCAAAACCCUUCAACCUGUUUUUCUGGCGUCUAGAUUACGCAGGAAUUUCUCUUAUGAUAGUCUGCUCCUUCUAUGCUCCAAUUUACUAUGUCUUUUACUGCAAUCCUUACAUAAGGACUUUCUAUUUGACCUCAAUAUCUGUGUUUGGAGUCCUAGCUAUCAUCACCCUUCUUGCCCCUUCACUCUCUUCCCCUCACUUGCGACCCUUCAGAGCAUCUUUAUUUCUCUGCAUGGGAUUUUCAGGUGUCAUUCCUGCUGUUCAUGCUCUUGCAACCCAUUGGCACCACUCACAUGUUGUCGUUGCACUCGGGUAUGAGCUUCUAAUGGCCAUUCUAUAUGCCACCGGAGCUGUGUUCUAUGUUACUAGAAUACCUGAGCGAUGGAAGCCCGGGGCAUUCGAUAUUGCAGGCCACAGUCAUCAGAUUUUUCAUGUUUUUGUUGUUCUUGGGGCGCUUGCACACACUCUAGCAACACUACUUGUAAUGGAAUUUCGACGGGGAUCACCCACAUGCACCUUUUAGCCAAUACUCAAAACAUAGUCGGUAGUUGUUAUCAUUGCAUUCUUGUUGGUUGUUUCCUAUUGGAUUAUCAUUCUUGGAAGAAAAUGGCUAGCUAAUUGUGAGCAGCCACCAAUACAUGUAUAUAUUAAUUAUUAAUAAUUUUAUUAUACUAGAAGCAGACAAGUUUAA